GCACCAAUCGUGUCCUCUCUCUCUCUCUCUCUCUCUCUCUCUCUGCAAUGGGUUCGCUGAAGGAGGUGAUAGGGAAGCUGGAGAAGGAGAACUUCGUAAGCCUGCUGACGAAGAUCAUAGGAGAGGUGAAGCACGUGCAGAACAACCCCCCAGAGCUCAUCCCCAAAGAGGACAGGGUCGCCAGGCACGUGCUUGACUCCCUUCUCCCUUUCUCCACCUCCUCUGGUGGGCCCCUCAUCGUCAACCACGUCAGCUACACCGAGGGCCGCGGCAACGUCAUCGUCGAGUACCCCGGCACCGUCCCCGGCAAGAUCGUCUCCUUCGUCGGCUGCCACAUGGACGUCGUCACCGCCAAUCCCCAAGAUUGGGAUUUUGAUCCUUUCUCUUUGAGCAUUGAUGGGGACAAAUUGCGUGGUCGUGGAACAACUGACUGUUUGGGGCAUGUAGCUCUUGUAACGGAACUCAUGCGAAGGCUGGGGCAAACCAAGCCAAAGCUGAAGUCCACUGUUGUUGCUGUCUUUAUAGCUAAUGAAGAAAAUUCAUCUGUUUUGGGGAUUGGUGUGGAUGCACUUGUGAAGGAUGGCCUACUUGAUAAACUCAAAGAAGGACCCUUGUUCUGGAUCGAUACGGCUGACAAACAACCAUGCAUAGGUACUGGAGGAAUGAUAGCAUGGAAACUUCGAGCAACAGGAAAGCUUUUCCAUAGUGGUAUUGCCAACAAGGCAAUCAAUCCUCUGGAGUUGAUAAUGGAAGCUCUUAAAGAGAUCCAAUUACGAUUCUACAGAGACUUCCCACCGCACCCUAAGGAAGAAGUUUAUGGGUUUGCCACACCAUCAACCAUGAAACCGACUCAAUGGAGUUACCCAGGAGGUGGUAUCAAUCAGAUUCCAGCCGAGUGUACUGUUUCAGGGGAUGUCAGGUUUGUUCCAUUACUGAAAAACACAGAUGUGGCGAAAAAAUUACAGGAAUAUGUCGACGAUAUCAAUGCCAACAUAGAGAAGCUAGAUACGCGAGGGCCCGUGUCAAAAUAUGUCCUCCCAGAUGAAAAUUUGAGGGGCAGGCUUACAAUCAGCUUUGAUGAGAGCAUGAUGUCUGGAGUUGCUUGUAACCUUGAAUCCCGUGGCUUCCAUGUAUUGUGCAAAGCAACUGAAGAAGUGGUUGGACAUGUCAAGCCCUACUCAAUUACUGGUAGUUUGCCAUUGAUCCGUGAGUUGCAGGAUGAAGGUUUCGAUGUUCAAACUGCAGGCUAUGGUUUGCUGGCUACUUACCAUGCCAAGAAUGAGUACUGCCUUUUCUCAGAUAUGUGCCAAGGUUUCCAAGUGUUCUUGAGUAUCAUCUCCCAAUUAGAAGAAGAUUAAGCAGAUCUACUUGCAUGGUGCUGCCGAAUCGUUUCCAUCACACUUCUGUAAUACAAGCCCACCUGCAUCCGAGCAUGAGUCAGGUCCUUCAUAUGCAUUGUUCCUGCUUCAAUAAUAUUUCUCAAGGGAUUCAUUCACGGGAGUCUCAUCCUUUCUUGAAGACUCCACCGAUGGAAGACUUUAGGACGAUGCAAUAGAAAAUUAUAAAAAUUUCACUGUU